UGCGUUUCACGGAAGAGUUCCCCUGCCGUUAUGUUGGCAUACCUGACUGUCAAAAAUACAGAGAUGUCAAGGUUUUCCGAGAUUUAUAAAUGUUUUAGAGAUUGGCAUCAUGCCGCAUACGCUUAGAAGUGGUGAAAGAGAAAUGGUUUUAAAAGUUAAAACAUUUUGUGAGAGUGAAAAACGUAACAAAGUGCCAAUAAUUCCAUUAGAAUGUGUACGACGUCGAGUCGCCGCCAUGACAGGCAUUUCUGAAAAAACCGUUUCAAAAAUCACGAAAGAAGGUGAGGUUGCUGCCCUUACAGAAACAAAAUUAAAAAGGCGGAUAGCAGAAAAAAACGUGGGUCAAGAAGCAAAAAAUAUAGUCAAAAUAACCGAAGAUGCAUUUCGUAGUAUCACACCAGAAGAAUGGAUGAAAGAGUGCUGUCACGUCGAGAGCAUUGAAGACAAGUACUUUAACGAUGGUAUAGCUGUUGAUAAUGAAAUAGAUCGAUUUAUAAUCGCAGUAGGGGAUGACAGUGAUACUUCAGAUAGCAGUGACCCUGGAGAUAGUGACAGCAUCAGGUGA